UACAAACGUAAAAACGUUAUAAAGUUUUUUUUAACGAUUUUAAUUUAAAAAUAAAAAUUACAACAACAAAUUUGUAAAAGUCGGAGAAUUAUUUUUAAAUUAAUAUAUAGUAUCGUGUAAAAUGACUUUCAUCGAUUGACGCAUGCGGAUCAAAAUUCACUCUUCUUGAGUAAAAGGGAAAGAGAAUAAUAUUCAAAAGCUUUUCCCUUAGGGGUUGCACCAUUGAACCAAAGUUACCACAGGGCGGGGGUUGAAUUGAACAAGACAGAGAAGAAAAAUUCGCUUCGCUUCCCAAUAAAUACUAUACACAAGAAGGGUGACAGAUGUCUGAAUAUAAAUGCACAGAAUACGUGGUUUUUAAAGCACUGAGUUACAUAUUAUCAAUAUCACAAUACAAAAUAUUGACAAAUAAUAAAAUUUUUGUCUAAACGGUACAAAAUUAUUUUUGAAGGUGCAUUUUAUGUAAAAGAAAAUAGACAAAGGAAAAAAGAAAAAUGUGUGAGAUAUCAAAGUGUCAUCGUAAAACAUUUCGCGAUCAGGAUCCACCGCGAAUAAGAGAGAGAAGUACAGAGAACCUUCUCAAGGACGCUAUUCAAUUAUCGCGAUCUACUCCAAAUUCCCCGACAACAUUACAACGUGCAUCAAGCAUUGAGAAAUGUUUCAGCGAUUCAGAAUUCUUCAAAAAACAUCAUCGCCAACAACAACAAUUGUUACAAAAGCCGCGAGAAAAAAAGGAAAACGAAAAGAGCAGCAGCUCUUUAGAAAAUACAACAACAACAACAACAGCAACAUCAGUCAGUUGUAGUCGUAAUCGAGACGCAACCAGUUCUAGUCGGGAGAAUAACGCGUGCACUGAACCCGAGGAGAUUGAAAACAGCAAGGAAUUACUCGCCAAUGUGCCUUUGUCCUGCAGAAGCAAAAUUAUAAUCAUAAACCAAGUGUCAGAAAAAGACGAUAGUAACAACUGCGAUAAUUUAAUAAACGGAAAAGAAAUGGCACCAGUUUUUGGAGUACCACCCCCUCCACCUACUCCUCAUAUGGGACCUGAUGGUCUAAUCAUACCAAAAAAGCCUUAUAAUCCAUGUAUGACUUCCGGAAAUCACAAAGAUCUCCAUAGAGAAUUAUUGUUCAAUCAAAAAGUAGGAAAAAAUGUCUUGAAUCAAAAAAGUGAACUUCAGAGAGCAUUGGAAAGGCACAGAGAAGCAAUAUCAAGAAAAGAAGCCGAGAGACAUAAGGACGAAUGCUAUAAAGAUGAUCCACGAACGGCCCUUCAAAGAGCCAUUGAACAAAGGGCAAAGCAUAUACAAAUAAUGCAAGAACAAAUUCAACAAGUGGAAACACCAAAUCCGUUGGUAACGGCAAGGGCUAAACUGCGAUCGCGCACGGAUUCCCAAUAAUUUAAUGAUAAUAAAUCCCAAGUUGCCUAAGAAAUUAUUUUAUUUUUUUUUUUUUUUACUUUAGGUUAAACACGAUAGUCGCUAUAUUUAAUUAAAAAAGUAAUAUUUUAUCGCGACUAUCAACCCGACUGUGUAAAUAAGUGGAAUGAAUUGUUUUCUUUUUUUUUUUUUUGUUUUGAAUGUGUGAUUUUUUUUCAUAAACAAUUUUUUUUUUAUAAAUAAAAUUGUUAGAUUAAUUUUCUUUUUUGCUAGAAUUAUUUAUGUACAUUAUAUUUUAUAUGCUUUUAAUUUUUUUUUCUUCACGUAAUAUGCCAUGACUCGAGAAUUUCACUUAUCUACGAAUGCAUAAAUAUAUUUGCAUUGAUAAUUUUUUUACAGAUUAAUGUUUUCAAAGAAUUUUAAAUAUUCUAUCUAAAAAAAAGUGUAUGAAGUUUGUUUUUCUCUUCAUUCACCAAUAUUUAAACGUUCGUUCGUUUUUUGAAUUGUCGAAAGAAAAAAAAAAAAUGUAAACGUAAAAAAUAAAUUUAAAUUAUCGGUUUCAAUUUACAUUAUUGAAAAUAGAAAUAAAUUUUCAAAUAUAUUUUUAUUCAAUGUUCAUUGUAAAUAUUGUAAUCUUCUUCGACGAAAAAAAAAAAGAAAUAGAACUUCAAGUCCUAAAUGCACCUUUCUGGUUUUUUUUUUCUCUCGAGAAUUUUGCAAUAUUAAUUUGCAAAAUGAUUAUAAUAAAACAUUUUUUUUUCAAUUUUUUUUUGCGAUUAUGCAGUUUUCUGUGUGUGUUUUUAAAAUCACAUAACAAUUAUUGUAAUUACAAUUUCCAAGAAAGAACUUAUAAAAAGCAGCCAAAAAAAAAUGUUUGGCUAAAUUUACUUCUGUUCCACAGAAAAAAUAUGAAUUAUAGAACGAGAAAAAAUAUAUAUAUAAAAUCAGUUGUUUUUUUUUUUCUUUUUCUUAGUAAUAAAGUUGAAAUUCAUUCAUAUUUUA